AUGGAUGAAUAUGGUCCCCCGUUCGGAUUCGCUAUACGCAGAAAUGGCAUCUGCCACAGAGGAGAAUGCCAGACCAGCGCAGGGAAGGAUCCUAUAACAUCUCAGCCGUUAUCCCGAUGCUGCCCAACCAACGAUGCUUGCAACAACGACAAUACAGGGAUAUGUUGUCCGGAUAAAAAAGACUGCAGAGAGGAAAUCAGUAACGCAGAACACUGCGCCGACGAAACCUGGGAUCUUUAUCGAAACUAUGAUGGCGGGCAUUUCUGUUGUGACCAGGGCCAAUACGGGUUUAAUAGGUCUGAGGGGGUGUUGGAUGUGGGACAAAACAAGAUCUUGAUGAAGAGAGUAGGACGCACGACCCCAACACCGAGCAGCUCUAUGAUAUCAGACAGCCCACCGACUGCAAGCAGUUCCACAACACCUAGCAGUUUCCCAACAUCUAACAACUCGGGUAGCUCCUCCAGUUCAAAUACUGGCGCUAUCGCAGGUGGUGUGGUUGGUGGUGUUGCCGGGUUAGCAAUCAUUCUCGCCUUGUUUUGGUAUUUCAUGCGUCGUCGCUCACAGAAGCAAUCAUCUCAAGCGGAAAUGCCAACCACGGAGCCAUCAAUGGUGCAGAGCGAGCCUCUUCAGCCCCCGGGAAUACCGAGCGAGUUAGACGGUCGAGGUUCUGUGUCAGAGCUACCUACCUACAAAGAUACUUUCCACGAGUUGCCGGGAUCUGCAAAGGCUCGAUGA